UCUCCUGCUCUCCCUCUUGGAGGUCUUAGAAAAACCCAGAUGUGUCUGUUUGGGAAAUGCACACAGCAUGCUCCUCCUCCAGCUGGGCGUGCAAGAGGCCAGCCUGUGUGCGUGAGCAGCUGUGAAGCAUCUUUGUCUCUUUGUUGCUCUCUCCUUCUCCAUUCACACUCUGCAACACAUCUCUUCCAGCUUCACCAGCCUUCUCCUUAUUUUGAUCUGGGAGAUCCAUACUGUCGCCAUCUGCGCGCAGAAUACAACAGCCUGCAUGACCCAUAUCUGCAGGACUACCACAACCGCAAAGACAACCUGCAGAACCUGAAGAACAGGGGCCUUAUCACUGAGGAUGGCAAAGUUGUCUGCACUCUGAAAGAGUUCAACGAGUACAGGCAGUACCUGACCAGGCUGAAGCUGGAGCGGGAGAAAAUAAAGAGGCAAAAAGAGGUAGGCAAAACCUGGUGUUGGUAGGCACGUGUCCGUGGCAUGGCACCGAGGGCACGGGCUUUACUUGAUGGAUCUGAGAUGGGGAAUGCAGAAAAGGUGAGGGCUGGGCUAG